AUGUCUUUCACCUUGGCCACCGAAUCACAAAAGGCAUCGGCUGGGGAUGAGACGAACCAGAUGGCUGCCAACAUGGUCAUCAGGCAGGACCCCUUCAACGUCACCCUCGACGCCCUAGCCCUGUUAGCUGUAUCAAUCCUUCUCGUCCUUGGCAUGCACUUCAUAGACCGCCCAGUCCUCGAGUUCCUCAUCAUCCUCAUCCCCCUAGCCCUCCUGAUCCACAACGACUACCUCAACUUCCUCAAGCUCGGUCCCGGUGGCACUCCUCCGACCCCAUCAGGCUAUGCCCGCCUGACCUGGUACCGGUUGUUCACCCUCCGCGACCCCUUCACCGCGCCACCUCGAGAUCCAACUCAGCAGCCCGCGACCGGCAUCCUCUCCAAUCUCCCCUACCGCCCGGGCCCGCGGCCCAUCGUGGCCGGCCUGGCACCGCAGCGGCAACUGAACCAGCACGGCUCGCUGCCUGCGUCCACCGCUCUGCGCGCGGCCCUGGAAUCCCUCUGCGCUCGCGUUCCCGACAAGUUCGUCACGGCGACGUCGUCCAUGGAGAAGCACGGCUUCGCCCUCUUCGCGCGGCACCCGCUCAAUGUGUGCGGCAACGGCGAGGUCUGCCACAUCCACACCUCGGACCGGUCCAUGCACUUGAACCUCCAUCCGGACGACAUCAAGGAGGUGCUGGACAAGGGCUGGGGUCAGAGGCAUCCCAUGGCGUGGGAUGGACUGAUACAGAGUCCGCUGCCGAGGACAUAUACCAUGAUUUAUGCCCCCAGAGACGAGAAUGAUCUGAGAAUCGUGUGCAGAAUCAUCGAGGCCGCGAUCUGGUAUACUACUGCCGAAAAGUCUGAGAUUCUACUCACGGCAUCGGUAAUGCUUGAGUACUGGUGCUUCUGUGCGGCUUUGCGAUUCAAGCAGAAUAUCAUCGCCUUCAUGCGCGGAAUAGUCACCGGGUCAAGACAGAAGGAUCAGCACACCAAGUAUCUCAAAAACUAA